UACAACCGCCUUCCGUCAACGUUUAUAAUCGAUUAGACUCACGCGCGGUCCACGCAGGCAAGCGCGCCGCCAAGAGCGUCCGUUAGGGUUUUCGUUCUGGCAGAAGAAAUAUUUCCGAGAGAAAGCGAUCCUCAGAGCUCCGCUGCGCAAACCUUAGAUAGGUCUGGUAGGUCGUAGAAAAGGAAACAAACCCAUGGAUGCUGCGAAGGAGAAGCUGGCCGCCGUUAACGGCGGGGAAGUGGAAGAAGAUGAUGUGGAAGAGGUAGAGGAGGAGGUCGAAGAGGAGGAGGAAGUGGAGGAGGAGGUUGAGGAGGAGGAAGAGGAGGAAGAGGGAGGAAAUGAAGAAGGUGCAGGAGAGAGGAAGAAGUCUCCUGGAAGGAGGAUAGAUCACGUAGAUAGUGCAGACGAGGAGUUAAAGCAACAUGUUAGCGCUUCUUCUUCUUCAGGAAAAAUCUUCGUUGGUGGUGUUGCUUGGGACACAACCGAAGAGACAUUCACCAAUCACUUUGCGAAGUAUGGGAUGAUUAUUGAUUCUGUUAUAAUGAAGGAUAAGCACACCCAGAUGCCUAGAGGUUUUGGAUUCGUUACAUUUGCUGAUCCAACUGUCCUUGAUAAGAUUUUGGAAGAGGAGCAUUCUAUUGAUGGGCGGGUGGUUGAAGUCAAGAGAACAGUUCCAAGGGAGGAUAUGCCACCAAAAGGAGGUCCUAAGAGCAAGAAAAUCUUUGUGGGAGGAAUACCCACAGCUUUGACAGAAGAUGAGUUCAAGGAGCACUUCUCCUCCUACGGAGUAGUGGUUGAGCAUCAAAUAAUGGUGGAUCACAGCACUGGGCGUUCUCGAGGCUUUGGCUUUAUCACCUUUGAAAAUGAGGAACCUGUUGAAAAAAUUAUUUCCGAGGGCAGGAUGCAUAAUCUUGCCGGGAAACAGGUUGAAAUCAAGAAGGCUGAACCCAAAAAAGGUGGUGGAGAAAUUGGAGCCAAUGGAAGAGGCUUUGGUUAUGGAGGCGGCGGUUCAUAUGGAUAUGGAGGCGGCUCCUAUGGCUAUGGCGGCGGCAGCGGUGGUUAUCGAUCCAUGGGCAAUAGCUAUUAUGGAGGUAGAGAAGGUGGCGGUGGUGGAUUCUAUGGCCGAGGAGGCUAUGGCUAUGGCUAUGGCUAUGGUGGCGGUGCCGGCUUCGUACCUGGCUAUGGCGAGCCCAUAUACGGUUCGGCUGCAUAUGGUGGUGGUAGUAAUAAUGUCUACGGUGCUGCAGCUGGUGGAUACGGUGGUCCUGUCUAUGGUGGUUAUGGCGGCGGCGGCGGUCGGGGAUAUGGGAGCCGUUAUCAUCCCUAUGGAAGAUAAGAUUUGAAUUUUUAUUUCUUCCAAUUAAUUCCUUGUGAAGACAUAUUGUUGAUGUUUGCCUUAUAAAUAUUCGAUUUUGUUUUGUUGAGCAAACUUUAUGGAGCUGAAUCAUUACUACAGAAUUCUAAUGUUCCUGGCAUGGCGAUUGUAUUCUGCCCAUUGCCCAAUGCUGAUGCAAGUAUUUUUUUUUUUUAAGCUAUUACUUUGCUUCAGAGGAUUUCUUAUCAAAACUUUAUUGUAUUUUUCUUCGUUAAAUCCUUCAUUCUAUGUUAGAUUA